AUGGAAGUCGCAAUUUUCGGCGCGACGGCGUGUGCUGCGGUUUUUGCGCAGUACGCGUUUAUCAGAUGCGGCCUGCACGGCUCCUUCACUAGCGCGUCCUGGCCAGAGGCGACCCUCCCGGACGUUCAGAAUAUCACGCGCGUUUCUAAUCUCGUACUCUCCGUGUACGAACGAGAUCUAACGGAGCCUCGUUUCAGCGAUGCCGUACCGCCAGCGCGCGUAGUGAAAUCCGUUUCGUACGAUGACACGAGAGGGCAGUGCCCGCCGUACACCGUGUUCCUCGAUCCGGACGCCAAGGAUGUAUGCGUCGCGAUCCGCGGUCUUCAUCUCACUCACGAGGCGGAUUACGCCGUCUUGCUCAACAACCGAACGGGGCAGCAGAGGCUUGAAGAAGGAUACGCCCACAAGGGCCUUCUGCAAGCAGCGCAGUGGUUGCUUGAACGAGAGGCUGAAACCUUAAAGGAGUUGCUACAAGCGAAUCCGGGGUUUAGCCUGACUCUCAGCGGUCACUCACUUGGCAGCGGAAUAGCCUCCCUGCUCGCCAUUCUCCUUGCAAGCUCGCCAGAUCGAAUUGGCACUCUGCCGCCUGGGAAGCUCCACUGCUUGGCCUUCGCACCGCCAAGGGUUGUGUCUCUGAACCUGGCUGUCAAGUACUCUGACGUCAUCACCUCCGUGGUCCUUCAGGGCGUGCUGGCCAAGUGCCGCGGCCGCGACGACACGGGCGAGCGCUGUGCGGAGCUCAGCUCCAUGGGCAUGGGCGUGCCGUACCACUCCAAGAAGCCGGAGUACGCGGGAGUGGCGCACUGGUGGCGCACGUCGCUGUACAACGCGGAGCUGCUGCUGCACCACCGCCUGCGCAACCACCUCUGCCUCACGCCGCACCCCUCCCAGGCGCACCUCUUCUACGUCCCCUUCUACCCCGGGCUGCAGCUGGAGCACGUGCUGGGCUUCUCAAACAGCACCAUCGACGAGUACUACGAUGACUUGGCGCGGUGGAUUCGCCGCCAACCCGCCUUCAAACGGUACGGCGCCAAGGACCACUUCUUUGGCCUGGGCCGCACCACGUGGCUCUUCCGCCGCUCGCUGUCCCCCGUGCUGGACGGCGCUAACCUCGAGCAGAUGCCCGAGUUCAUGCCCAUGAUGAAGCUGGAGGUGGAGCGCUACGCGUGGGACGACCAGGACUCGUUCGGGCUGCCCUUCCCCACGGACUUCCACCCCAUCUCCUCCAAGCAGCUGCGCCGCUGGCAGGCCACAGUGCGCAGUGCCAAGCGCCCGUACCAGUUCGCAUGCAUCAUUCCCCCCGACAGCAAGGAGCCCGAGGCGGCCACCAAGACGCGGGCGGCGGUGGUGCAGCAGUGCCAGGCGCCGUCCACCUCGUGUGCCCUGCUCAACUGCAGCCGCGGGGACUGCAGUCAUGAGCAGGUCAUGGACCUGUAUCUGUCAGCACAGUACGCAGUGCAGGACGGCAGCAACUUCGGGCUGCGCUACCUCAUGGACUCACUCGUGGCGGGGGCUGUGCCCGUGAUGCUCUGGAACCGCACCUACGCCCUCUACCAGCACCACUUCCCCUCAAACCCCGACUCCUUCUCCGUGUAUCUGCCAUACAUCGACGUGCCCGAGUGGACCACUGUGGAGCACCGCCUCUCCAAGGUCGCCCCUGCCCGCUACCGUGCGCUGCAGCUGCAGGUAAUCCACAUGAUCCCAUCCCUCAUUUAUGUGGAUCCCUCACAUGUCCUCUCCAACGUGCGCGAUGCCGUUGACAUUGCCAUCGACCACAUGGUCGACCUCUGGCGCGACCGCAAGGCGCGGCACGAGUACCCCGUACCCUCCACAGCCGCCGAGCCUGCUGGCACAGACACGGAGACUAAAGAGGAAGGGCGUGGCAAACGACUGGCAGAUGCGACGCUGAGCGAAUUGAGUGGGGGCGGUGAGGAGAUAGCUCACGUAGAGGCAAAGGAAAGCAGCGUUGCCAACAAUGAAGGAUGA